AUGUACCCUAGUCAACCACUGUGAUUCUCUUAUUCUCUGUCUUUCCUAUUGAAUACUAAAUGUAAAGGAGCUGCAAACAUUAUACUACUUGCAAGCUCCAAUGGUUACCUCACUCAGUUCGCCUACCGGCAUAAGCAAUAACCACCUGGAGAGAGGGGAACCGGACGACAAUAUGAAAAAUGGAUCCGAUGAAAAGGCAACAGAUGAUAAGGCGCAGGAAAGGGACAAGAGGUGGAAAAUGGCCUUUGCAGCCGGGAUGAGGGAGAUUGUGCCUGGUCUCUUCCUUGGUAAUAUCGAGGCCUCGUACAAGCGAGAUAUGCUGCGAGAGAAUCGUAUCAACGCCAUGGUCUCACUGACCGAUGCUCGGUGGGUAUGGUGGAAUAGCACUACCAGAGAAGCUGGGAUUCCAGAAUAUCGUCACAAAUGGGUUCAGUGCGCCGAUUCGUCGACCCAGGACCUUCUAGUUCAUAUGAGCGACAUCUGUGACUUCAUCGACCAGGUGGCUUCUCCAGUCUUACAGUCAUCAUCUACUUUAUCAGUCGAGAAUGAGCACGGAUUGAGUGACAAGCCGCGCGAGACACAUUCAGAGGCUGUCUUGGUCCACUGUGAUCUGGGAAUAUCACGUUCCCCCACUGUCAUCAUUGCAUAUCUCAUGCGCAAGUACGGACUCGAGCGAGAGGAUGUUCUUACAUUUGUUCAAUCCAAGCAGAAAGUCAAGCCAAGUGCCAACUUUAUGCGGCAACUUGAAAUCUGGGAGCAGACAGGAUACGAAGUGUGGGAGGACGAGGAGCGAACAGUCCCGAAAGCGCCAUACCGAGCGUUUCUGGAAGACCGAGCAGCUCUUCUGAAAAGAAAGGGGCUCACAGGCAAUGAGCCUCUCGCGCCCCUGAACCUUUAGCUGAUCAUCUGGAGGAAAAUCACUCAUCGCUAUAGAGGUUGUUUUCAAGAACCCUGUCCAAUUUAACUGAUGCCUCCUUGGACUCUCUAUUCGCAAUGGCAGAAGCAUGUUGACAAUUUUCUGGCGCUUUCAAGAACCGGGAUAGUCUGGGCUGACUCAAUGC